UCCAAAGAUCGAGUUAGGCGAAAAGAAAAAUCAGAAAAUAGGCGUAUUUCGCAAACCAAAGAAAAAAUGACACAAUUUGACCUCCAACCCGAUAACUUGUAGCGUGCGACUUGUUUUCCUUAUUGGGUUUUGGUCAGGGUCAAAGUGGGUUGACCCGUAGGUGGACAACCUUAACAAACUUAAUGGAGGUUCAAAUGCCCAUCCUGCUGAAAAGGUGAAGAGAGUUGUUUUCCCAGCGAGAAAAACUAGAUGAACAGAAUUGGAUUUUGCACCUUUGACUUCCAAACAAACGAUCAAACAACACAGUUCACACCUCUUUGAACAAAGUUCAAACAAGGGUGUUCAAUGUUUCGAUGAACUACGAGGCAAACUAAAUUACAUUAACUCUACUCCUAUGGAGGUUCAGCGAGAGCUCCGAAACUACAACUAUGGCUAUGACUACAUUUGCAGAGGAAAAGGUAAAGAUAAAAGGAUAAAAUUUGACAUUGUGUUGUCUGGUGUGAUUUUGGCGAACCCCUUCUCUGUCAUCUUCACCUCCUAUUUAUAGCCAUAAGAAGUAACUGCCACAAGAAACUGCUCUGCUGACGUGGAGUGACAGUUACCCUCUCAACUGCUUCAACGGUUACCUUGACGUUGGAUGUAGACCAAUCUUGGCCUCUCCUCUUGAAACCUCACUCCAUGCUCUUUGUAUCCCCUCCGUAGCUUUGCUUGUCUAUAGAGAAAAAAUGGCUAAGGCAUGAAAGCAGACCACGUGCCACAUAUGGGUGGGUACUCGAAUCACUUGAGUCAAAAAUGGCAAAAACAAUUCACCAUUACAGGAGUAGGGAGACCACGUGCCCACCUGACCCCCCCCCCCCCCCCCCCCCCCUUGACCACCUCACGAGGGUGAUGUCUUGGUAGCCCCCCCUGGCAACCUCAUGGGGCGAUGUUGACCACGCCCCUUGGCCAUACCAUGGGGCGUAUGUUGGUGACCCCCUGACCAUCCCAUAGGGGUGGAUAUUAAUCACCGCCCUGAUCAUAUCAUGGGGAUUGCAUGCUCAUGGCGGGGUGUGUUGAUGGCCACCCCCUGAUCAUCUCAUGGGGGUUUCUCCUUGCCAUCCUUGGUGACGCAUGUGGUGGCACGGAGUAAUGGGCCCAAAAAACCCAAUCUCCAUGGCCACUCAACUGAUUUAAACUGAUAUGAUUAAGUUGGCCUUAUAAAGCCAUUUAAUUGCUUGUUUUUAACCGAUGUGGUACAAGGUUAAUUUUUAUGGGUAAACAAGACUAUGCAGACUAUUGCAGAGUAGGAAGAUUGGACUGGGCUCCGGAGCAUUGAUCUCUAAUCGGGGCCGAUCUGGAUCUGGUCGGGGCGAUGUUCGCGGCCGUCGGGACCCGAUUGUUUACCGGUGGUGGGCCCGAUCUGGGUGGUGUGGGCCCGUCUAUGUCGUGCAAACCGACAGUGGAGGAGGAGGGCCAGCGAAGCACAGAUCUCGCCAUCCCAGAAAGGUACAAAACGCUUGUGAGAAAGGAAAUGACGAAGCACGUCGUCGGUGAUCUGGGCAGGGCAGGGAAGCCAGACUGCCUAAAUAAGUAGUAAAUAUCUUUAUUAUUGUUAUGAGGAGAGAGAAAAAUAUCUUUCGGGAUCUUGGAGAUGGGGAAUUUUGCAUGGUCUAAUAAUAAUAAAACCAACCCUGAAAUUAAACAAAAUUAAAUUAAAAGAAAAAGGAGAAAAUGAAAGGAGAAGGAAGGCGUCAUUAUGAUGACAUUCCAGUUCCACUUUUGCGCCAUUGAUGAAUGAAUGAAGUGAAUGGCAUGUGCAUUUGUUUUCAUUUGAUGGAGGUGGAGUGGACUGCACGUUAUCCCUAUCACCGUCAACCUGCUAAAAGGAUCCGAUUCCUAACCAACGAACCCACCCAGAUCUACCAAUGGAAUGGUUUGGUAGGGGUGUCAAUUCGGGUUCGGUUUUUCGGGUUUAUCCGAAACCGACCCGAUUAUAUACAUUUCCGUUUUUCGGGUUCGGGUUCGUUUUAGGUUUCGGGUUUUUCGGUUUUGGGUUCACUUUUGCUUAUCGGUUUUUCGGGUUCCGGCUAAAAACCUCCAAUGAAUAGAACUCAGCCUGUAUUUUUAGGCGUUCGGAUUUUGGUUUUGCUUUAACCGAACCUAAACCCGAUAAGGAAUUUUCGGGUUUCGGGUAACCGGAACCCGCAAAUCCUUAUCGGGUUCGGGUUUGGUUUUAGUGAUUUUCGAUUUCGGGUUUUCAGGUUUUUUCGGGUUUCGGUUUGGGUAACCGAAUCCGACCCGAACUGACACCCCUGGUUAGUGGUACUGGCUGUACUGCUUACUCCUCUUCCUUCCUUAUUUUUACUAUUAUUAUUAUGGGACCUUCAUCCCCUGCUUCCUUCCUUCCUUCUGCACCAAGUCAAGGCGAAUAGUACUAGUUUAGGUAUGCUACCAAGUGCAUUACACAAAUUCAUGUCCCAUAUAGCUCAGAGAAGCUUUGGGGGGACGAGUGGGAGGUCAAAUUAUUUGGUCCAGGUUUAAUUUUUUAGUUUUAUCCGAAACCGGAUUGUAUAACCGGCUCGGUACUGGACCGGGACCAGAUAGUAAACAAUUCAAUCUCGUUUUCGGGCUUAGAUAUGAGGUAAAAAACCGUUCGGGACCGGACUAAAAAUCGGAUAAAGACCGGAUAAGAGAGUCCAAUGCCCAAAACCUAACCAACUCCUCGAUCACCUUUUUAGGCCUCAGCCCACUCAAAUCCACCCAAGAUCAAUCUAAAAUCAAGAUCCGAUUGGGACCGCACCGAGUGGGAGAUCAAAUACAAUUAAUAUUCCACCAUGCAUGUUCAAACAACUGAGAUUUGGUAUCAUAGUCGCUGGAGAUUCUUUCAAAUACUUUCUUAAUAAUACACACAAUAUAUAUUGCUGAUAUUG